GGAACGGAACACCCUGAACCACGUUUCUUCUGGAUCCCAACUUAGAAGCCAACCUACCCUCUCAUUUACCCGGGUUAUUUAUGGAAGAGCUGCGCAGCUCAGGUGGUUGCCUUAGCGAUGGAUGGGGAGUCAGAACCAAACCCUGCCGUAGCAGAAGAGGCAGGGGAGCGGGUGGAGCCCAUGGAUGCCACUCCCUCCCCCCAGCAAAAGACCACGCCCCUGGCAGAGGAGGCUGGGGAGGCGGUUUCCAUGGUAACAGAAGACGGAGCCACAAAGGAGGGUGGCACGGAGGACAAUGACGAUGAUGUGGUUCUGGUUGGGGAGGAGGCUCCCCAACCUGCUGCCACUAGUCCUUCCCACGAUACGCCCAGCACAGACUGCCUAGAGCUGGCUGCUGAUGUGGCAUCUGUAGACAUGUCCACUGCAGCGAUGCCUUCCAAGACCCCCAGUCCUCCUGCGUCUUCCAGCACAUCCACAGUGGAAGCACCUCCAAAACCUCCAACCACAGCAGCAGAGCCUAUUGUCAUUGAUGACGAGGAGGACUCUGAACAAAAAGACACUUCCCCCCCCUCACCAGCGCCCCCUGGAGGCUCCUCUGUAACCCACUCGCCUGGUGCACUCAGCAGCACUGAGCCAGAUUCAGAGAUCAGGAUCGCCAGUGUCACCACAUUGGGCUCCAGUAGCCAGAAAGGAAGCUCCGCCGUCUCUGCAGUAAAUACUCCACCACAUCCAGCGGACGUCCAGACAGACAUGAACUUGAUGAUAACCUCGGUGACAUCGCUGCAGGGAGGAGCGGCGGCUGUUACGGUGGCAGGUGAAGGCCAGGCGGAGGAAAAUGGUCUGCAGAUAAGCAAUGCAUUCAGCCUGAAUCCCGACACCCCAUCUGCUCGACCAACAGCCUCCUUCAAUCCAGGGCGGGGCUCGGGCCCCAUGGGCCAGCUGGUACAGAAUGGAGACACAGGGACACACAACAGAGCAGAUUCGUGGAUCUCCCAGUCAGCUUCAGUCCCCCGCAACCAGAAACAGACAGGGGUGGACUCUCCUUCACCAGCCACCUCGCUGCCCAAACCUCCAGGCCAGUCUUCCUCAUCUACUUCCUCCUCAGGCUCCCAGCCACAGCCCAGGACAGUCAAGGUGACCUGUGCUAACUGUAAAAAGCCUCUGAAGAAAGGCCAAACGGCCUACCAGCGUAAAGGCUCCACACACCUGUUCUGCUCCACCACCUGUCUCUCUGCCUUCUCACAUAAACCCGCCCCCAAGAAGAGCUGCACCAUGUGUAAAAAGGACAUCACAAACAUGAAGGGUACCAUUGUGGCGCAGGUUGACUCCAGCGAGUCUUUCCAGGAGUUCUGCAGCACAGGCUGCCUAGGCGCAUACGAGAACAAGCAAAACCCGCCCAAAUCGGGCCUCAAAACCAAAUGUACUGUCUGUGGAAAGCUCACAGAGAUCCGGCACGAGGUUAGCUUUAAGACUGUGACCCAUAAGAUCUGCAGCGACGCAUGUUUCAACGUUUACCGAAGGGCCAACGGGUUGAUCAUGAACUGCUGCGAGCAGUGUGGCGACUACCUGCCCAGCCGAGCGUCAGCCAACCACUUUAUGCUCGUCGAUGGCCAACAGAAACGAUUCUGCUGCCAGAAUUGCAUCAGGGAGUACAAGCAGGCCCACAGUAAACUUGCGAGCUGCCUGACUUGCAAAACACUGAUCAAGACGGGCGAGGUGCUCCACAGCCUCGGAGCGGGCGGCACCAUGGGUUCCUACUGUUCUGUCAGCUGCAUGAACAAGGGCAAGCUGGCGUCAACCUCCUUCCUCAAUACAGAGCCCACAUGUCACUUCUGUAAGAGGAAUUCAUUACCGCAGUACCAGGCCACUCUGCCAGAGGGAAACAUCCUCAACUUCUGCAGCUCACAGUGUGUUACCAAGUUCCAGAAUGCAACUCUUCAAACAGCCACCAAUGGACAGACUCCCCUCUCCACUACAAACAACGCCGUCCAGCUGAAAUGUAACUACUGUCGAGGAGCAUUCAGUUUGAAGCCUGAAACUCUGGAGUGGGAGGAUAAAGUUUACCAGUUCUGUAGUAAGACGUGCUGUGAGGACUACAAGAAGCUCCACUGCAUUGUCACGUUUUGUGAGUACUGCCAAGAGGAGAAGACUCUACAUGAAACGGUCAAGUUCUCCGGGGUCAAGAGACCUUUCUGCAGCGAAGGCUGCAAGCUGUUAUAUAAGCAGGAUUUCAUCAAGCGUUUGGGUCUGAAGUGUGUCAGCUGUAACCACUGCAGCCAGCUCUGUAAGAGAGGUGUGACCCGGCAGCUCGGAGGCAUGACUCGGGACUUCUGCAGCGAGGCCUGUGCCAAGAAGUUCCAUGACUGGUACUUCAAGGCGGCGCGGUGUGACUGCUGUAAGGUGCAGGGUAACCUGACAGAGUCUGUGAUGUGGAGGGCUGAGAUGAAGCAUUUCUGUGACCAGGAGUGUUUGUUGAAGUUCUACUGCCAGCAGAACGAGCCCAUCAUGGUCACACAGAAAGGCCCAGAGAACACCAGCAUGGGGUUUGAAGUCCAAGGGGCCAAACUUGGGCUUGUGAACCAGGGUACUGUGGCAUAUGCUGGUGGAGGUUUGGUGAGAGAUGUCAAGAACAAGGCGGUGCUCUGCAAGCCGCUCACCCUGACCAAGGCGACCUACUGCAAGCCACACAUGCAGAGCAAACUCUUACAGACAGAUGUAGACGAUGGUGUGAAGAGGGAGUAUGUUCCUAUACCCAUACCUGUGCCUGUCUUCAUCCCCAUGCCCAUGAAUAUGUAUUCCCAGGUCACUCCCACUCCAGUCUCUCUACCUGUACCGGUUCCUGUGCCUGUGUUCCUGCCCACCACCCUGCAGGGGGCAGAGCAGAUUGUCCAGACCAUCAGUGAACUAAAAAACAAGGUGCCCUCUAACCCCCUGGAGGCCGACCUGCUCUCCAUGGCUGAGAUGAUCGCGGAGGACCAGAAGCCAGAUGUGAAGCCGGUGAAGAGAGAGCGUGAAGGGGAGGAGUCCUCCGGCGGCACCUCUGAGGAAGAGGAGGAGAAAGAAGACGAGGAGGACAAGUACGAACCAGACCUGGACCUGGAGGCAGACUUCCCCCAAGCCUCAGACGCUGUUCCAGUCCUGGAGGGAAUGGACGAGGACAUGGGCUUCUCUCUACCUCCAGUCCUGGCAGAAGAGAAGGAGGAGAAGGAGUCGGAGGAGUCUGCACCUCGACCCCAGCCCAGGAAACAAGGGAACAAGAGGCAGGCGGUAGAGGAAAGCUCAGAUUCAGCCUCGUCCUCUGCUUCCCCUCCAGGAGGCAGACGCACAGAAGGACGAUCGCUGCCUCUCAAAGCUCACUAUGGCAUCAAUGCCUGGAAACGCUGGGCACUGUCUCUUCCUGACCAAUCAGAUGACACCAAAGUAAAGGACGGCUCCAAAACAGCCCGGUCUAAAAGUAACCUGUUGUCGCUGAGUUCAGAGGAGCUGAACGUGGCUCUGUCCCAGUUUGUCAGGGAGGUCUGCCGGCCCAGUGGGGAGCGCUACUCUCCAGACAGCAUCCUCUACCUCUGCCUGGGGAUCCAGCAGCAUCUUCACGCCAAAGGCCGAAAAGAUGACCUGUUCAGUGACCUGUGCUACCAGCAGUUUGGAGAGGAGCUGAACAAAGUCCUGAAGGACUGGCAGCCCAGUGUGCUUCCUGAUGGCUCUCUGUGGGGUCGAGUGGAGGAGCAGAGCCUGUGGAGCAGUCGGCAGCUCGGGGAGCAGAGUCCUGCCGCUCUGCUUCGUUCGCUGGUUUAUCUGAACACCAAAUACUUCGGCCUGCGCACCGUGGAGCAGCACCUCCGCCUCUCCUUCGCCAACGUGUACGGCCCUGACACCGUCCAUCCUGUCACCAAGGAGACCACAGUCUGCAUCCGUGUGCCUUCCAUCUCUCAGGAUCACCAUGUGCAAACAGAGUCUAGGAAGAGGAAGCGCCAGUUGGAGGAAGGCGAUCAGGACUAUGAACCAGUCGACGACUCAGGAGGCUCCACUGUGCGCUGCCCGGUUAAGAAGCACGAGUGUCAACUGUACGAGCUCUACAGAUCGAAGUGUCCGACGUUAUUGCAGGAGCGUCUAGACGUCUUCUACGUUCAGCCGGAUCCGGCCUGCAGCCCAGAGGACCCGCUGUGGUUCAGCUCCACACCGCUGGAGCGACAGAUCCUGGAGAGCCUCCUCACCAGAGUCCUCCUGGUCAGAGACAUUUACACAGACAAACAACACCUGGAGGAAGAUGAGGAGGAAGAGGACGGGGCUGAAGCAGUUGGGGGAGAGUAGCAGUCGCUUGGACUUCAGUUAGUGGAGCCUGAACCGUCUGCAGAGGAGGAGGAGGAAGAGGAGGUUAGCUAAUAGUGUGUGUGUGUGUGCUCCUCCUCUGUCUUAGCACCCAGUCCUCUUUACCCUCCUCGCUGACUUGCUGUUUCCUCCUGGUGAGGGACGUCGGCAACAGAGAUCCUGAAACGGUGGAUGAAGAUGAAAGCGGUGGUGAAGAGCAGCCCAAACUUCUACUUCUACUGAUAGAGUCGUAAACAGAGGAGGAAGAAGAGGUAAUGAAGCUGGAGGACAAAAAUAUCCUCUCCAGUCAUAAAGGAGAAGAGGAGGAACAGGCACAAAUGUCUCCUGACGUAAGGAACUAGUGAAGGGACAAAGGAGGUGUAGCGGUGAUCGGUUCUUAUGGUCAAACAAAACUAAAUCAGGUAGAAGACAAAGUAUAUCAGCAGCAACAUGACAUUUUCAAAAGAUAGGACCUGCUGUUGUGCAUUGCCAACAAUUCUGAGGACGUAGCUUGUUAAUACUUCUCAGACAAGCAGCUUACACAUAUUUAAGCUUUUAGCCAUGGAGCUAUUUUCUCUCAUUCCUCAGCUUCAUGUCCUCCUCACCAUCGCUCUGUGGAUGGGAAAGCGAGAGUGGAGUGCUCGGGGUCAAGAGAGUAACUUCACACAUUUUUACAGAGUGAAUCAAUAAGGAAGGGAGAAGGCUGAGCGAGGGGUCUGAGUGAAACCAGAAGCACCACACGGAGGAGGAGGAGGAGGAGGAGGUUGCAGAGUUGGAAAUUUCCAGCUGGCAGGUUGAAAUUCCAUCUUCAGUACAGUCACACAGAAAAACACAGGCGGUAAUAGAAUUUUCUCAGGCCGACAUUAACUACUGUUUCCAGCUUAGCCACUAACUGUGUUUGUUUUCUGGCAGAGCAGUAGCAGCUAAAAGUGGGACUUUAUAUUCAAAUGCGUGUUAAUAACCACUAAAUACGACUUGUACGGCUCCUUAUCAAGAGCUUGACUGUCAUUUGACUUACAGCCAAAGGGCAUCCCCCCUUCUCUCGCUCCUUUUAUCAUUUUUCGCCAUGCAGUCAUAAAACAGAAAUACAAACAGAACAAUAUUUCCCAAAUGACAAGAAAAUCCCCCUUAACUGCUUCACAGAAAUAUGCGUCUGACUGCACCGUAACGGUAUGGUCACAUUACACUUGCAUUUAUUCCAAGUGUUUGCUCUUUUUCCCGUUUUCUUCCAUUCAGGUGAGAGUUCACCUUUAUUAUAGACCUUUAGCAGGUGGAUGUGCUCAGUUUGCCGGAGGAAACACUGCUGCACUGGUUUUGUUUUUGUUUUUUGAGCCUGUUUCAUAGCCAUAUUUUGUACAUUAUCUCACCACCAGACCACAAACUACAGCAUCGCUCUCAUGCACUGUUUACACCUUGCGAUUGCUCUGAUUGAUAUAUAUAUCACCUGAAUUGGAAACGUAGGGUCUUUCUGUCGCAUUUUUCACUGCAUGAAGAUGGAAUUUCUGACUUUUCGACAUGUCUGGAACGCCUCUCCCUCUCAGUCAGGGCGACCUCCUGAAUCACACGUCUCCAUUAACUGGGCUACUUUCAUUCCUUCACAUCAUCCCGCUCACUGCUCUUCCUCCGUCAGUUACUGCUCUCAGGCGAAACCACUGCACCACAGAGGACUUCAGCUCAGAAGGGCAGGACUCAGGACUGAUCCCAGGACAGAAAAAGAACUAAACCUCUCGUUGUCUCUUGUCAGACGGGCCUGACUCGCUGUGGUGCAGUGGGACAGGCAACCUACCGACAUGCUGCGUUUCUUUAUAGGACAUUAGGGGAACCUUCAUUCAUGCGAUGUAGCAUUAUGUGCGUACUAAGCCCAGAUUGGGUUGCUUUGAAGUGUAAAUAUCUCUGAAACAAGGCGGUUACUUGAGAUGGAGUCAACACAGAGGGACACUGUGUAACUCGGGGUAAAGGAAAAACACCCACUGAAAACUUCAGCUUGAAAACCCACCUCCCAAGAAGCCUUUUUAAAAAGACUGAAUAUUUAUUUCUCUUUUUAUUAGUUUGACUCUAUCCUUCUGGGAUUGGGACAGGAUUUUUAUGGGUGUUGUUUCUUUCAGUGGUCAUUCGUGGAAAACCUGCUACGGUCCUGCGCCCUCGCCUCCCUCUCUUGUCCAUGAAAGGGUCCCUGUGCAGGAGCCUGCGAAACAUGAAGGACAUUGAUUACUCAGAGCUCAACAGACAGAUUUCAUUUCCUUUCUGCUUCUGUCCCCGUGUUCGUUAUUUCCGAGUCUCCUUUAAACUUAAUAUUGGUUUAGUUUGAAAACUGAGCACUUGUUAAUAAGUGCCCUUGCAUUGUGAUAAAGAAUUGGUUGGACGUUUAAUUCUAUUUUUAUUUUUUUUCAUGAACUAAACAUGUUUUCCUUCCAAGUUACACAAUCCGUUGUUCAUUUUUUUGUACAAGUCCCCUUUUUUACUUUUUGUUUCUUUGAUUUUAAUUUGAAUUUACAUUAUGAUUGAUUCAAUAAAUUGGAGAACGUGUCAUUGAGUUAAAAUCAAGUGAAGAUUAUUUGAGGGUUUUUUUUUUCUACUUUCAUCAUUCUUUGAACACUUACCAACUUCAGCUUAAAUAGAGUGAACACUGAGGUUCAAAGCUGGCCAUAUUUUACACAAAUGUGUGUUACCACAACCAGGGGAGGGAAACCCUCCAGAUGUUGAGUUUGGCCCACUGAGAACACAAUUAAUGUCUUUAAUUUCUCAGAUUUAUAAUCAAACAUGUCUUUUCUUCACAGUCCACAUCACUGUUCCUCCUGACUGAAGUGGAUUUAACAGGUGAAGCAGGUCAGGGAUUACACUUUCAGAGUUUUAUUUUUAUUUAAAGUGCUGCCGUUGUGUUGUUUUGUACACUCGACUGCAUUUAGUGGUCGAGAACAGCGCUGUCACACGACAGGAACAAAGGUAGUGUAUUUAAUGGGAGAAGACUGAUCUUGAUUGAAGUUGCCCGAAUCAAAAGUACCUGCCCAAAAUGCAAGCCUUUAAACCUGACUGUGGAAGUUAACAAAACUGACCCUGGAUCAGAGGACCCCUGAUUUACCUGGCUGAUUUUCCUGCUGGACUCAGAGGCAGCGACCAAACCUGCCACAGGUUUGGACCUACAUUAGAUGCUGUGGCUGGCUUUAAUGCCUAAUGUGAAUGUGCCUAUCUGUAAAUACUGAAAGUGAGUGAUUGUGACUUGAGUCUGAUGCUAUGUGUGUGGGCUGAUCUGCUACAACGGUCAUGUUAAAUAAAUGAUUUCAUUUUCUAACCAGA